GGAAGAGGAGCUGGAGACAGACAUCAACGAGUUAAGGACCAGACUCGGUAUCGAGAAGCCACCGGAUCUGCGUGCGAUGCGCAAGGAGGCGCGCGAAGCGCGAAAAAGGAACAGGGAGGCGAAGGAGGCAAUGGCCAAUGCCGCGGUAUAACCACUAAUUAUGCACAACAUUCUGUACCUACGCUUUUGCAUCGUCAUCAUCGCCUGUAUUCAGUCUAUCCCUCAAACUGCCGACAGUGCCAUGCGCAUAUCAUUGCAUCGGGUUGUCCGACCUGCCACGACUCGGCAGCCCUUCCGCGAUCUGAUCAAUACGUCCUCGAGCCAGAUCCGCAGACUCCUGCGUCUGCCCAACUCACGCGCUGUGGGGAAACCCACGUGGAUGGGGUUUGGAGGUUCUAGACGACAUUGGCAGGUCCGGAAGGACAAUCACUCUUCCAUCAGUGGGCUGCCCAGGACUACGCCGUGCAUCUAAGCACAAGGGAUGAUAAUCUGAUAUGGUCUCCAGGCGUUCGCUGACACACAAUCCAUCAAACGGGAAGAAAUAGAUCGGCCUU